UCGCCAGAAAAUCAGGCUUCAGAUCCAAGCAAAGUAUAUAAAUUACUAAAGUUGACCAAAAGCUGACCGAACGAAAAUCACGAAUUGAGAAACAGAAGAGUUUAUGCAUGGCAAUGGCAAGCGCAGGUCUAUACCGGAGAACCCUUCCUCCGCCUUCAAUCGAGUUUGCUUCGCCGGAAGGCAAGAAAAUCUUCACAGAAGCUCUUCAUAAUGGAACAAUGAAUGGUUUCUUCAAAUUGAUUUCUUAUUAUCAGACUCAAUCUGAUCCUGCUUUCUGUGGCUUAGCCACUCUUUCUGUUGUUCUUAAUGCUCUUGCUAUUGACCCUGGUAGAAAAUGGAAAGGUCCUUGGAGAUGGUUUGAUGAUUCAAUGCUGGAUUGCUGUGAGCCUUUGGACAAGAUUCAAUCGCAAGGCAUUACGUUUGGAAAAGUUGCGUGCUUGGCUAGAUGUAACGGAGCUAAAGUUGAGCCCUUUCGAUCUGAUCAGAGUAACAUUGAUGAUUUCCGCAACCGUCUAAUUUCUUGUUCUUCUUCUGAGGAUUGUCAUGUUAUUGUGUCUUACCUCAGGACUCCACUCAAUCAGACUGGAAUUGGGCAUUUUUCACCGCUUGGAGGAUAUCAUGCUGAAAGGGAUAUGGCCCUUAUAUUGGAUGUUGCUCGAUUCAAGUAUCCUCCUCAUUGGGUUCCCGUUACCUUUCUUUGGAAUGCCAUGAAUACCAUUGAUCAAUCCACUGGACAACACAGGGGGUACAUGAUUAUUUCAAAGCUUAACAGGGCACCAUCAAUACUUUAUACUGUGAGUUGUAGACAUGAAGGUUGGAGCAGUGUUGCCAAAUUUCUAACUGAAGACGUUCCUCUUCUGCUAAAAUCAGAGGAUCUAAAAGACAUUCAGGAAGUACUAUCUGUUGUAUUUAAAUCUCCUCCUAGUGAAUUGCGAGAGUUUAUCACAUGGGUGGCUGAGGUUCGCAGGCAAGAAGACGGGAAUCUCACAUUGAGUGAGGAGGAGAAAGGAAGGCUAGCAAUCAAGGCAGACGUACUGGAACAAAUUCGGUCAACUGCACUCUUCAAACAUGUGAUCAGGUGGUUGGAUUCAGAAAGGUCAUGUUGUGAUACCAUCGCAAAUGUUGGUGACGAAGAUAUGUUGUCCGCGCUUGGAGCACGUGUUUGCUGCCAAGGGGCAGAUAUGUUGACUGGUUGUCGUUCUUCGAGUGGAAACUGCUGUAGUCAAAUAGAUGUAAAGCAUCUGAAUGUUGGUAGUGAAAAUCCGGUAACAUUGAUUUCCGGAACUGUUACGACUGGAGGUAGUAGUGAACAAGGAGUUGAUGUGUUGGUCCCUUUGUGUCAAAGGAAGCCAAGUAGCUUGUGUCUCUGUAAUGAAGGUCAAUGCAUUGGAAUGCACCCAUCUACUGCAGAUGUCUUAACAGUGCUUCUGUUCUCCUUGCCCUUGCAUACAUGGUCAGGCAUCAAAGAAGAAAAGUUGCGUGUGGAAGUUGCGAGCCUAAUAACAACCGAAGAUCUCCUUCCCUUACUGGCGGAAGAGGUUUUGUUCUUGCGAGAUCAACUUCACUUUCUCAUGACUGAUAAUGGUGCUCGUUCUGACUGAUGAUACUCUUAGUUUUCGCUUUUCGCUAUGGUAACAGUUUCCUACAAUAAAAUUACAUUUGAUUCUGUUUUAGCAUUGCUUAAGUAUUGAACUUGGGUUCAAUACAGCAUGCCCAUGUUUUAGUGAUCAUGUUGAACACGUCAUAAACCAACUAUAGUUUUAUCUUUGUAAGGAAUUUAAAUUGUAUAAAGUAAUUCGAUGCACAUGAAAAGAAUAGUAUGUGGAUUGUAAUACACACUGUUGGAAGAUGAAUAUUGAUACUAGGGGUAUCCUGUUCAUCUCCAAUGUUACUCAUUUGGAAAAUAAAAUAUGAGAGAUCAAUAUCAUAACUUGAUUUCCUUAUCUUA